AUGCAGCCCACACAAGUUUCCGAUUCGAUUCAUGCAUCCUCCUCUUCCCAGCCUGCUGCCAUUCCGAUGCAAUCCUCCACGUCUUCAAGCAGUAUGGCAUCCUUGGGAUCCAUGAAUUAUAUGGCAAGGGUCUUUUUGGCAGCUGGUUUGGCGGCUGGUUUAGCUACAGCAGUGGUUAAUCCAUUGGAAUUAAUUAAAACAAGAAUGCAAACAGAAGUGAGAGGAGGUUCUAUCGGAAGUGUGAGUGGAAUGAUGAUGAAUUCUCCUCCUAAAUUGACCAUGUUCCGAGUGGCAUCUGAUAUUGUAAAACAAGAGGGAGGAAUACAUAAAUUUUGGACGAUUGGAUUGGGGGUUUCCUUUUUGAGGAGUUUAUUAUAUUCGAGCGUGAGAAUUGGAAUUUAUGAUCCUGUGAAAGUAUCUCUCAUGCAUUUAAGGGAAGUGAUGGGAAUGAAAAAUGAAACUCAUUCGAUGAAUCAAUUGCCCUUAUUUUGGAAAGCUGUAGCAGGCCUUGUUUCUGGAGCAUUGGGCAGUGCAUUGAUGAAUCCAUUGGAUGUAGUAAAAAUUAGAUUUCAAUCAUCAGGAAUUACUGGAGCUGCCGAACAGAAACAAAGACCCAAUUACAAAAAUACAUGGGAUGCAUUAUGGAAAAUUUCACAAAAUGAAGGAUUCUCAGCACUCUAUAAGGGAACCAUUUUGACCAUGAUUAGAGCCUCAAUAUUGACAUCAGCACAAUUAAGCUCUUAUGAUCAUUCGAAAUAUUUAUUACUUAACAAGGCUGGAACAAUAUUUGGGUACAAAUUUAAGGACGAUUAUGUGACCCACGUUACAAGCGCAUUCGUGAGUGGACUUGUAACUGCUAUUGCCAUUUCUCCAGUCGAUGUGAUAAAAACGAAAUACAUGAAUGAUGCUAAAUUAAAAGUUAACAACAUGAAAUCAAAUAAUGGGGUUAAUGGGGAAUACAACGGAGUUGUAGAUUGUGCAGUCAAAAUUAUCAAAAACGAAGGUUUUUCAGUUUUAUUUAGAGGUUUUUCUGCUUCCUAUUUGAGGCUCGGUCCUCACUUCUUAUUGAGUUUACCUCUGUAUGAGGUGUUCAGAAAAUUAUUUGGAGUCUCGUCGUUUUGA